GGGGGCGGCGGAGGGAGGAGAGAAGCGUCUCUCCUGUCCGCGUCUGGGUGGAAGGGGGGAGUCGAACUCCUCCCCACCGGAGGGGCGCGCGCCAGGGGACAUGGGGACAUGGGCAAGGCAAAAUCAGUCCCCCCCCCGCCGCCGCCGCGUUGUGCUCAUUAUUUUAUUUAGCACAACUCGUAUCUAGGGAGGGAGGAGAGCGGUGGAAGAAGCACCCACAAGGGUGGGUUAGGUAGAGGAGGAAUCAAGGGGCGGCCCUUAAAAUAGACUUUUUCUUAAUAUAAUAAUACCCCUUUGGCGAUAAAUAGAAAUGUGAGUCUGCUUUGUACAAUACUAUAUCGGACCCUCUAGUCUAUUAUUUCCUAUUCUGACCGUCAGCAGUUCUUCAAGGUCCCAACCUGAGCUUUUUCUUAGCCCUGCGACUUGCACUUGUCCGUGUAUGCGCCUCUUUUUCUGUUUAUAUAGCAACAGACACCGGUGGGAUUUUUAAAGCUGCAAAUCCAUACAAGUAAUUUCUGAAUCCCAGAAGGAUGCAUUAAUCAAAAAGAAUUAACUGCAUCUGCAUAUUUAUUUACCUAUUAUAUUUCUCUGCUGCCUGAUAUGUACAUCUCUAGGUGGUGUAGAAAAUUUUAAACAAUAUUAAAAAGUAAAAACAUUUAAAAAAUUCACAACACACACAUUAAAACAAUCUCAUAAGAAAUUAUUAAAACAAAUUAUUAAAAUUAAAAUAUUUGUAAACAACAAACAGAAAUAUAAUGUGCAAGAUGUUUCGCUUCUGCCUUAAGUUAUAACAUCAAAGCAACUGAAGAAGGCAGAAAUCUAAACAUCUUGCACAUUAUAUUUGUUUUGUUGAUCAACAAUAACUAUAUGGUGAGUGGCAAACAGUCUUUCUCCUCUUCAUCUUCAGGUGUAGGUUGCAUUUUAGAGAAAUGUGUCUGCUUCUGUAUCUGGGCUGGCACACCUGUAGUGCAUAUGUGUAAGUUUUAAACAGUAAAGAUCUUAAGGGCAAACUCUUUGUUUUACCUGAUGCUUUUGAGGACUGGGUUAGGACUGUAAAUCUUGUGUCUAGGGUAGAGAUUGUGUGAAGCAAUAGAAUUGACCAAGGGAAAUUCUAAACCAAAUUCUAAUCCAGAUUAUAUUAGCAGCAGUGAUCGAGGCCUUGUGGGGAUGACUUGUUUGGAACCGGAAGGCUGUUUUUUUUAAUCCUAAUUAUGUGCUAUGCAGGGCAUGCUGACUGAUGCUGGGGGAAAAACAGAGGAGCACUGCUGUGCCUGCCUCUGGGGGAGCCUGCCAGGAUGGUUUAGAUCCAGCAAAGAAGUUGCACUUUCUUGAACUGUCCUUUGCUCCAUUGACUAAUACAGAACAGAACCUGAGGACAUCUACUAGGGAGAGCCACUGGAUUCUGAUGGCAGUGGGGCAACGCUGAUGAUCAGUGGUGAAGACUGGACUUUCCUUCUGUGUGAUGGAAGAUUCUGCAAGAGCCUUAAAUACUUGAGGAGAAUUAUCCUGGUAUCGGAGGACCAGGUUGCCUUUCCUUGUAGUAGCAGAGAAUACAGGAACUUCCCACCUAUCCACCCCCUGCCUACCAGCAUAGGGUGAUCUGUGUAGUAGUUGAAGAAGCAACUAAACUUUUUCUGGCUCAUGCAUCUGCACUGAUUCUUCAAAGUGGAGUUUUUGAAGGGGGAGGGGGGUGCCCAGAGAUCCCCCCUCCCCCUGGAGAGAAGAAAUUUAGAUUGGCUCGGCACAGCUAUGGAGAGAUGGCACCUGUCAGGUAUCUUAUUGGGUUCUCAACAUUUUCAAGAAGUGAAUAUAACUUUUGUAUAUAUGGAGUCAUGGGAGUUGACCUACAAGUCAUCUUUAACUUUAAGAACAUGAGGAGCAUUUUGUGUCUGCUUCUGAGAGAGAGACCUUCAGCUGGAACGCUGAGAAACGCUGGCACUGUGUGGCAACAGCAAGAUAACAGCAAGUGGAACUCUAACACUGGAACUUUGGCCAUGUAUGGCGAGAGGGGGGAGGUCUGAAGUGUCACUGAGGAAGCUAUAAAGCGGUCCAUGAUAGCAGCAUAACCCCCAUCCGAGGGAGAGAGCACUAGAAGACAGUGGGGGGGCCUGCGCCUGUGAAGGAUGCUGAAGAAAAGCAGCCUGGUUCUCUGGGGCGUGGUGCUUUUUGUGGCCUGGAAUUCCCUGAUCCUCUUCUUCCUGUGGACCCGGCCUCAGUCCUUCUCUGACCACAGCCACCUCACCGAAGAGGUUAUCCGGCUGGCCGAGGACGCUGAGUUGGAACUGGAGCGCCAGAAGGACAUCUUGCAGCAAAUUUCCCGUUACAGUGCCCUCUGGAGCAGGAAGAAGGCUAAUGAGGCUAAAAUGCAUCACAUGUUGGAUGCAGCAUCUGCCCAGCCUUCCACGGCUGUUUCCUUGCCUCGUCGUCGUCAAGUCUCUGCAGACGCUAUAUUGCCAGUUGUGGUAAUUGCCUGUGACCGCAGCACAGUCCGCCGUUGCCUAGACAAGUUGUUGCAUUACCGUCCCUCAAAGACGCGGUUUCCCAUAAUUGUGAGCCAGGAUUGUGGACACGAGGAGACAGCCAGAGUCAUCGCCUCCUAUGGAGAUGCUAUCAUGCACAUCAAGCAGCCCAACCUAAGUGACAUCCCUGUGCCCACUGAUCACCGCAAGUUCCAGGGCUACUACAAGAUUGCCCGGCAUUAUCACUGGGCUUUGAGCCAGGUCUUCCGGACCUUCAAGUACCAAGCAGCCAUUGUGGUGGAAGAUGACCUGGAAGUGGCUCCAGACUUUUUUGAAUACUUCCAGGCAGCCUUUCCACUCCUGCUAAUGGACCCAACUCUUUGGUGUAUCUCUGCCUGGAAUGAUAAUGGCAAGGAACAGAUGGUAGAUGCUGCCCACCCGGAGCUUCUCUACCGUACGGAUUUUUUCCCUGGCCUGGGUUGGCUUCUGCUUGCUGACCUGUGGGAUGAGCUGGAGCCCAAGUGGCCCAAGGCCUUCUGGGAUGAUUGGAUGCGGCAGCCUGAACAACGGCAGAGCCGUUCGUGCAUCAGGCCUGAAGUGUCACGCACUAUGACUUUUGGCCGCAAGGGCGUGAGCCACGGUCAGUUCUUUGACCAGUACCUGAAGUUCAUCAAGCUCAACGACCGCUUCGUGCCUUUCACCCAGAUGGACCUUUCUUACCUCAAGAAGAAUGAGUACGAGCACUCAUUCCUGGCCCGGGUCUACAAUGCCCCUGAGCUGCGGGUAGAAGAGCUUCAGGGUAACCAACACCGGGAGUUGGGCACUGUCAGAGUGCAGUAUACCACUCGUGACUCCUUCAAGGCCUUUGCAAAGGCCUUAGGUGUCAUGGACGACCUCAAGUCAGGUGUGCCCCGUGCCGGCUACCGGGGCAUUGUCAGCUUCCUUUACCGAGGCCGCCGUGUUUACUUAGCACCGCCUUCUGACUGGACAGGCUACGACCCCAGCUGGAGUUAGCGGCUGAUGAUCCUUAAGCAUGUUGGACUCUAGUGGGGGGGUGGGGUGGGGGGAGAUUGUAUUUUCUUUUCUUUUUUCCUGUGUGGCAUUCGAGUGCAUUCCAGGGAUAAGGGUUGUUUUGUGCACUUAAAAUACUGGGGUGGGAGUGAUGGGUUGUGAGGAUUAUUUUGAUGCCCCAAUAAGAGGGUGAGGUGGAGCAUUCUGAGCUCUCUUGAGUCUACCCUCCAGUGCCUGUCCUCCUCCUUGACAUGGUAGUCUGCCAACUCAGAUCCUUGGUGGCUUCUCCAAGCUGAUGAAUUGAGGUAAAAGUCCAACAGUGAACCAAAGCAGCAGCCCAUUGAGGUUUUCCCAGUUUCAUUUAAUUCAUUGCUCAGCUUGUUUGGUCUUUAUUUUGUGCAAACCUUAGGGAAAAAAUGACAGUCCUCUUCUUGGCUACCAAGUGAGUUCUCAUCUGAGCAUCUUUGGAUGCAGGCUUAGAAAGCAGAAAGCUCAUUGACCACUGAGCCUCUUAGAAGACCAUUUUUAUUGACCAUGUUGGCCGUUUUUGCUUGGGUCUUCUGGGUAACCCAAUUCUUUAACCAUCUUGGGCUGAGGCAGUAGAUAUGAGCGUUGUGCACUCACAAAUGCCAUGUGACCAUGGCUCAAGUGGCAGUGGGGGAGGUGCUUGGCAAAGGAGUGUCUGGUCAACUGGCCCGUUCUGUAAGCUGCAGCAGACAAGCAGAAGCCUGGUGGGCAGUACCAUUUCAGACUGCUGGUGGGCAAUUAAAUAUCUGAAAGCUCCUCUGCAUGCAAAACUAGCAUGUCCAGGAGAAAGAGUUAGGCUAGCCUUUUCUCUGACACGCUGCUGUUGUAUAUGCAGGGCUGUUUUAUGUAGAAGAGCAUACAAACAUGCAGCCUUUCACCUGCAGUCUGAAAUGAUGCAGUUCCCAGCAUGGAUACAUUAUGUGGGGCUUCUCAUGUGUGAGAGCUUGCAGAAAACUCUGUAGUCAAUGGCAUGAGUUUCAUGUGGCUUAUAGGACGUUUGUGUAACUAUGGUCUACAUCCCUUUGCCAGGUGAGCAAGGAGAUUCCCCCUCCCCUCAGGCUGCCUUAAUUCUGCUUGAGGACCCCUCUCCUGCCUAAAGCAAAUCUCAAGGUAGACUUUGCUUGGCCCUCAGUGGCAUGUCCUUGCAGUUGGUUCCUUGAGCUGCCAUAUUGGAGUUCGUCACUACCAUGUCUGUGGGAGGAGUGGGGAGGAGAAUUCCUGAGGCAGCAGCACACACCACAGAUGGGGCUCUCCGGCAAAGGAGCCCAGCCUUAUUCCGUGGUGCAGAAUCCCCCUUCCGCAUUCUUGCCUCUACGAGUUGCCGCUAAGCUGCUCCAGAGCCACUUCACGAGGUGGGUGUGGGCAAGGGGCUUCAGACCUCAUUUGGCCAAAAUUCAGACCACACCAAAGGGUAGUAUUUUGUUUGUUUGGAUGCUGUAUUACUUUUGUCUUUUUUUCAAAGAAAAAAAAGUCUCCAUGGUGAGUGGAGAAAGAAAAAGAUUCUCUGCUUGAGAGUACUACUUCAGUAAGGAAUUUCCCUCCUGCGGUCAAGUUCAGUGGGAUGGAUGUGGGAGGUCUUCCUUCCAUAUCUGUGUUCUUUCUCAUCAAUGUUGGUGAGAGAACAGGAGUCGGUGCCUUGUGGUGGGAGGGGACUACACUGAAUAGACUGUAUCUGGUUCUCUAUUUUUUCCAGUGUCCUUCUGGAAAAUGACAGUAUUGCUACAGAGCACUGAGAUCUCUAGGGGAUGAGAGUUGUCCUGUUGAGAGCCCACACCUUGAAACUUUGCUAUUUUUAAAGGGCAAUCCCUUCUGAGAUCUCUUAGAGGAGGAGCUUCUAUCAUUGGAUGCACAUUUGGAGGUUUCUGGAAAAGAAUUUCACUUUGAUAGAGGAAUAAUAUGGAGCAAGGCUUCACCCCAUACACCUGGCUGGGACAGUCCCUCCAUUGAAGGCAAAGACUCUUCGGUGUGGUCCAUUCUUCUUCAUUUCUCCUUGGUGUACAUGCGUGAAUGACCUCAUGGACCAUGGGAAGAUGGAAGCAUAUGCAGUGAUGGCGAGCUGCUCAUUUCACCAUCAAGCCUAGAAGCAAUUCCAGGGCUGUUCUCCCUUUUGGCCACAAGUUCUUUGACAUCUAUGAGGUUCUGUUGGAGAGGGAGGGAGUGCUUUCUGUUCCCCUUCACACCAAGGCCCAUAGUUCCUGAACUGGAAGCCAAAUUAAUAGGAGACGGUUAGGGAAGCUACUUUUCUUCCAGCACAGCUACUCGUCUUGCCCUUUUCCAUUUCCCCCCAAGAAGGAGUUGGUACUAUCCACCUGUAUGACUCAAAAUUUCCCCACCACCAUCUACUCACCUCUGCCCCCACCACAGAUGGCGGCUGGGCAGUAUUUUAAGAAACUGACUCCUACACUUCCUUUCUGCUUCAACAGUCAGAUUUGAUUACCUGUUCCUUUCCCCUACCCCUCACUUUUAGGACCACAUAGUCCUCUAUUUUUCAUUAUUCGUACCAUUUAUUGCCUGACCUCUCCUGUGAUGUGGUCUGUGUGUGUUUUGUUUUGUCCUCUCUCACGGUGCUACCUUUAGAUCUUGGUUUAGGUGGAGGAGAGUGGGAAGAGGUCAACUGAGAAUCCCAGGGGCAGGAGUAGAGUUUGGGUCAGUUGGAGAGAAUCCACCAGCAGCUGCAAACAGUUUGGCUUUUUCUUUCUUCCCUCCACUCACAGAACUGUUUGUUUUGGAACCUCCAACUGGAUGUAAACUUUGUGACAAAUUGAGGUGAUCAAAGGUGUGUCUUGGAGAGAUGCUGUUUUUAUGUUCAGAUUUCAGUCGGCGGAAAAAAGAAUUUAAAGAUGCAAAAACUUAUUUUCAAGAAUAAAAGUCGGUCCCUUUCCGACAA